AGUCAGCUGUCGGCCCGGGCUGAUGACACAGCGACCAUCAGCGCCGUGAGACUGCAGAGCAGCGCCGUGCCGCGCCAGCCGCCGUCAUGGGGUGGUUCCAGGAUAACCUGAUCGCCUACAAACUCCAGUACUUCCUCAACUUUGGAGGUCUGGGCUCGGCCUCGCCGUUCCUGCACGUGCUGGGCCGCCAGCUGGGGUUCACUCAGGUGGCCAUUGGCUGGGUGUUCGCCUCGGCGCCGUUCCUGGACAUGCUCUGUAAGCCGCUCAUCUGCAGCUGGGCGGACCGCCGCCAGGCCGCCCGGCUCGUCUUUCUGGUGAUCCUCUCCGUCACCACCGUGGCGCUCACCUCUGUGGUGCUGGUGCCGCCGCUGCCGGCUGCCGCUAACUCGACUCUGACGAACGCCAGCGACACCAGCGACCCUGGCGGCGGAUCGGGGGACCUGCGCCAGUACCAGUUCUGGCUGUACGCGAUGCUGGUACUGGUGGCGUGGAUCGGCGUCAGCACCAAUCAGACCAUGGCCGACGGCAUGACCGCCAGGGUGGCCGAGCGGCUGGGCGCCGAUUUCGGCCGUCAGCGGCUGUGGGGCACGGUGGGCCUCAGCACCAUGAGCACCGUCUCCGGCUACCUGAUCGAGCUGACCAGCAGCGGCGGCACCACCAACUACAGCGUCGGCUUCUACGUGUGCGGCGCCUUCAUGUCGCUCGACGUCCUCCUCUCCGUCUUCUUCUUCAAGGUGCCGCAGGGGGUGCAGAAGCCCACCACCUCUCUGGAGCUGGUGGCCGCCCUCCGGCACUGGCCCGUCUUCUGUUUCGCCGCCUGCUGUACAGCCAUUGGCAUCUGCACCGGCCUCCUCUGGAGCUUCCAUAUCUGGUACCUGGAGGACCUGGCGCGGACCGCCGGCUAUCCGCCCAGCCGAGUGCAGCUGCUCGAGGGGCUGACACUGCUGGUGAAGGGCCUCGGCUGCCAGAUUCCGCUCAUGUUCAUGUCAGGUGCCGUGCUGAGACGACUGGGCCACAAGACUGCUCUGACGGUCAGCAUGGCCUCUCUGGGGCUGUACUGCGUGCUGUACUCGCAGCUGGUCGACCCGUGGUACUGCCUGCUGAUGGAGCCGUUGGCCGGCGCUGCGUUCGGCCUGCUCUACCCGGCCAUCGCCUCGUACGCCUGCAGCAUCGCUCCACUGGGCACCGUGGUCACCACACAGGCCAUCAUGGCCGCCUCCUUCGACGGACUGGGUGUUGGUGUGGGCACGCUGCUCUCUGCCUACGUGUUCUCGCGGUACGGUGGCUCGGCCACGUUCCUGUCGUUCGGUGUAUCGGCGCUGAUCGUGGCUGUCCUCUACUGGAGCAUCUCCAGCCUGGCGGAGCGGUUCGCCACUCAGGACGCGGAGCCGGCCAUUGUGUUCGCGGAAGACGGUGCCAUCGACGCGACGCCGUCCCAGGUCGCCCUGAUCCCUGAGGACCAGCAGGGAGGCGGGGAUGAGGACUCAGUGUCCUCGGCCGCUCCUCCGGCGGUAGAGGACGACCAGUCCUCCGCGGUGGUGUUUCUGCCGGGAGACACGUCCUCCGCGGCCGGAGAGGUGAGCUGAGGAACUGUGUCCCCAGGUGAGCUGAGCAGCUGUGUCCUCCGGGAGGUGAGCUGAGCAGCUGUGUCCCCCGGGAGGUGAGCUGAGCAGCUGUGUCCUCCGGGAGGUGAGCUGAGGAGCUGUGUCCUCCGGGCGAGCUGAGCAGCUGUGUCCUCCGGGAGGUGAGCUGAGCAGCUGUGUCCUCCGGGUGAGCUGAGCAGCUGUGUCCUCCGGGAGGUGAGCUGAGCAGCUGUGUCACCCAGGUGAGCUGAGCAGCUGUGUCCUCCGGGAGGUGAGCUGAGCAGCUGUGUCCUCCGGGAGGCGAGCUGAGCAGCUGUGUCCCCCAGGUGAGCUGGGCAGCUGUGUCCUCCGGGAGGUGAGCUGAGCAGCUGUGUCCUCCACUGGGGACUUUGAUGUAUGUACGUAUAGAUAAGCCGAGUAGCUGCUCCGAGGGCCACCAAGGUGUAUCUGAUCGUGUAGUUGCGCUCAGGGUGAGGCGGAUAACGCCUCCUUUACAACUGGAUGUAUAUGUAUAGGCAUCGUGCGACGUUUUGCGUCAAUAGUUUAUAGUACAACGUAUGCGCUCAGUAAGAAUAGGUCAAAGCAUAGUGUAAUAAAUAACAAUGUUAUUUAUCACAUUAUCUUAAAAGUUCGAGCUUAUCAGGGGAUAUGUUCAUAAUGAUAUGAAUAUGAAUAUGACGUGUAAUUGUUCGUGAUGACGUCUACGUGUAUAAACGCACAUACAUUUUUAUAUAUUGUAUGACAGGGACAGUUGUAGGAAUUUAUGUGCUGAGUAGUCUGAAUACAUUUAUACCGUGGACA